GAAAAAAAAAAAAAAAAAAAUUAUACUUCCGGGCUGUCGGGGGCGGAUAUAGGCGCGAUUCGACACCGCGGGAAAGUUAUUUGUUCAUCCUGUGGCCACAACCUUUUUUUUUUUUUUUGCCUGCGACUGAAGACUUGUUAAGUUUUCACCGUAUUUAUUAAUCAUGUCUCAGGCUCUGGUCACAGAUUUCUUCUCCCAGAGCAAGAAAAGGACAGCCAGUUCGCUCAAGCCCAGCGACUCGACCAAAUCGGGAUCAGUCGCCUCUCCGAACAAAGACCUUUUCUCGAAUUCAGCCUCGAGCCAAAUCCGCGAUGAGUUCGUGCGAAUUAUCGACGCGGCGACGAGUUCGUCCAAAGGCGAGUGUGCUCCGGGUAAGAAGCCCAAAGCUCCCCGGCCCCCCUCAAAGCGGACCUCGCGAAACGCGCAACUUGGGACAGACGCGAGUUGGGCCUCCGCGCGGCGCAGCGCAACGGAGAAGAGGCGUCGGGUGGACGCCAAGACGACAACGGCGGCCACAAACAAAUGUGUCUUCUCGCACCCGAAACAACAGUCGACAGCUGAGCCGGUGCCCAAUGGAGUUCCCGAGCAGCUUUCGGCUUCAGCAGCCUCGUUUCGAAACCAAGCUAGCAUCUCACCACAGAAGGACGCCAUCAAAAGCAAGAAAAAUGGAGGACAGGCGAUACGGACUCAUUGUGGGGAAAAUAUGACAGCCAACAAGUUUCUCCUGAUGAGGAUCCAGAAACAAGCCGAGGAGUUCGCCACCGCCGCGUCGUGUACUUCAAAUUCCGCACCAACCGUUUCAUCCGCCAUUGCUAUGUCAAUGUCAGCUGUGGCUCGAGCAAAAGAGCUGGCUGCUAAAGCUAAGAGGACAAAGGAGAAAGACUCUGAGGAUGAAAAGAUACAGAAAGAGACUCCAGCUCGGGAGAGUAUUCAACAGCCAGCAUACCAGCAGUAUCACAAUCUAGCCCAGGAUACUCCCCCAGGCCUCUCCCUGCCUUAUCAGUUCAAGGUACUGGCUGAGAUGUUUAGGAGCAUGGACACAGUGGUUGCCAUGCUGUUCAACCGCUCGGAGACGGCGACCUUCUCCAAGAUCAAAAAAGGAGUGCAGGACAUGAUGCACAAGCGGUUUGAAGAACACCACAUUGGCCAAAUGAAGACGGUUUUUCCUGAGGCUUACAGCUUCAGACAGGAAAAGAACAUACCAACGUACAACAACUGUAUUAAGAAGGGCAGCUACCAGCUCACCAUGGAACCUGUCAUACUUUGUGGCCCAAAAGAAGGUCGACCCAUCUUGACGGCCUCUGAUCUUUUGGCGAGACGACACACCUUCCAUCACAACCUCCUUUCGAUUGCGAAACACCACCACAAGCUUUUCCUCUCCUCGCUAGUACCUCAAGUGUGUGUGCCAGAAGAAAAACUGACCCGCUGGCACCCGAAGUUUAAUGUGGACACUCUGCCAGCUGUGCAAGCAAGCUUACUUCCUCAACCUCCUUGCAUUGAUAAACUUAUAUCUGCCCAGGAGGUGUUGGACAAGGCCCAUUCUUUCAUCACACCCAAGAUGGAGAAAGCUCUGGUUUCUCUGGUUCAGAAGACGGGGGAUCAGAAUGGCCAAUGUACAAAGACGUCUCCACAAAAUCGAAACGGCACGCGAACGGCUUCACCUCGUAUUCCAAAUGCCCUGAAUGGAGUUUCACAGUCCUUGUUAGACAGAAUUCGGGAAAAGGAAGCCCAGAAGCUCCAGGCUGCCAUGACCAGAAGUCCUUCUCAAGAAGGGCGUCUCUUGAUGAUGUCCCGGCUCGGGGAGCUCGCUCGGAUUCUUCGGAAUGUUUUUGUAUCGGAAAAAAAACCUGCUUUAAUGAUGGAAGUCGUGUGUAACCGGAUGGCUGCCAGCUACAGAUCUGAUCUCACUUCAGGGGAAAUGGAGAAGCACAUCCGAUUGCUGGCAGAGCUCAACCCCGACUGGCUCGCCAUACAUCCAGUCAGAAAGGACUUGUACCUUAAAUUGAACAAGCACAUGGACCUCCGUGUAAUUCUGGAUAAAUUAAGCUGCAGCAUCAGAGAAGAGGAAAAACUAAGUGCAAUAUUGUGACUUAAAUCAAGCGCCUGUCACAGUUAACAGUUGCUUUGUUUAAAAACAGUCAAAAGGAGUUUGUGAGCAACACUUCACGGGAUAUGGCGGUGUUGUGAAGGGGUGUGUAACAGGAAGCAUGUUUUUGUUCCCCGGAAUCUGUAGUAGGGUUUCGAAACUUUUUUUUUUUUUUUUUUUUUUAAAGAGAUAUACACAUCACUAUUUUGAAUCGUGGGACAAUAUUAAAUGAACAACAACAAAAACAAUUGUCUCCUUUUGUAGCUGGAACAGCUUCUGAAAAAGCUAAGGUGCCAUCAUGCUGUCGAAACACAAUGUUUUUUUUUUUCCUCCUGUGAUCUUUGUGACGGCUUUAUAAAAUACUGUUUAAGUUGUGACGUUUCAACAAAGAGACGCAUUAAAAUGCGACGGGAUUGAUUUUGUUCCUCCUGCCAUGCAACGAAGCCCCGAAUACGAACCCUGUUGGAGGGUUUCCUCUUACAUCGGAGUAAUUCUGCUCAUUUGUUCACAUCAAAUAAUAUGCAAGUAUCAAUUGCCUAAAAGUGUAAAUCACACAAGGCUACUCUAAAAGUCGUCUUGUAUAUGUUGAAUGGUAGUGUGAAAUUAUAUUUUGUUCAAAGAGGGCUGUGUGGACUGGAAGAGAGAUCGGAAUUACCCCCCCCCCCCCCCCCCAAAAAAAAAAUUGGUUUCCUCAAUCAGGUCAACCUUUUGAACUCUGGCCAUGUUUUUGUUUACAUCGACAGGUUGUUUUGUCAAUUCUGGAAGAAGAAUAAAAAAUGCUUC